AUGAACAUUGCUUACUUCAUCCAAGCUCCCUUGUAUACUGACUUAAGAGGUAUGUGGAAGAUAGCAUCCAGGCUCCCUUCUUCACGAGCCAAGAAGUUUUGGUGCACCUUAAUACAUGUUCCUUAUAUUACCAUCAACCCCAACCUACCCGCAGGAGCAAGGGAUAGAUUCAAAUAUGUUGAGGCUUCAGGAAUCGAAGGGAACUCUCUUUUUGAUUGA